GGGGGGAAUUGGAUGCACUUUGCCUUUAACGGGCUCUUGGCCAAAAAUCCGAGCUUGCAGGGAUAUAUGCAUUGGCUGUGUAACAAUAUCCCCACGUGAUUGCAAUGAAAGCCUCUGCAGGGCGGGAGGGAGAGAGCAGGAGACAGAAACUUGCCAGAGAGCUCCUGGGCGUCUCUAGUCAAUUGCGCAGGGAGAGCAGCCGCUGCGAUGUGAAAUUGCCCAAAGCGGGGCAAGACUCUCUCUCUGCCCGUCCCGUCCCCCCUGGUUCUGCCCCUCAGCCCUUCUCCCCCGUCCCCUUUGCCGUUGGAUGAGUUUCCAGUCACCCCCGGUCGCAGGGCAACAUCCCCCCAACAUGCCUGAGCAGAUCAGCGUCUCGGAGUUCCUGGCGGUGACUUCUGAAGACCUGAACUCCCCGGCGGCUUCCACCUUCUCCUCCAAAAUGCAGAAGUGCAGGGGGGCAGUGGCGGUGCUGGAGGAGAGCCUGGAUGGUGACCAAGCAAUUCUCCAGAGGAUAAGGAAAUAUGUGAAAGCCAUUCAUGUCUCCGGGCUCACACACGUCGAGAACGAGGAGCAGUACAGCGAAUCUCUGGAGAACUUCGGCAACAACCAUCUGUCCCAGAACAAUCAUGAGCUUUCCACCGGCUUCCUGAACCUGGCCGUCUUCACCAGAGAAGUGACCGCACUCUUCAAGAACCUGGUGCAGAAUCUGAACAACAUCGUUUCCUUCCCCCUGGAAAGCCUGCUGAAGGGGCAGCUGAAAGAUGGCCGGCUGGAUUCCAAGAAGCAGAUUGAGAAAGCCUGGAAGGAUUAUGAGACCAAAGUAGCAAAGAUCGAAAAGGAGAAGGAGCGAGCCCGGAUAGCGGGAGUCAUCCAGGCGGAGCCGUCUCCAGGGGAAAUCGCCGAGGAGACACAGAAGGAGCGUCGGAUGUUCCAGCUUCAGAUGUGCGAGUAUCUGCUGAAAGCUAAUGAGAGCCGGACGAAGCAAGGGCCGGACUUCCUGCAGAGCCUGAUCAAGUUUUUCCAUGCGCAACAUAAUUUCUUCCAAGAUGGCUGGAAGGCUGCUCAGAAUCUCUACCCUUUCAUUGAGAAACUCGCCACAUCUUUACAUGCACUGCACCAGGCCCAGGAGGAGGAGGUGAAGGAGCUCACUCAGAUCCGCGACUCCCUCCGAGGCAUCCUGCAGCUGGAGAACAAAGAGGAAAACCUGCUCAGGAAGAACUCUGGCAGCGGCUACAGCAUCCACCAGCACCAAGGGAACAAGCAGUAUGGGAUGGAAAAGUCGGGCUUCCUGUGCAAGAAAAGUGAUGGAAUCCGGAAAGUGUGGCAGAAGAGGAAGUGUGGCGUGAAAUAUGGCUGCCUCACCAUCUCGCACAGCACAAUCAACCGGCCUCCUGUGAAGCUGAACCUGCUGACCUGCCAAGUGAGACCUCACCCAGAGGAAAAGAAGUGCUUCGACCUUGUGACACAUAACAGGACAUACCACUUCCAGGCUGAGGAUGAACAGGAGUGUGUUGUCUGGGUGUCCGUGCUCCAGAACAGCAAGGAUGAAGCUCUCAGCAACGCCUUCAAGGGUGACCCGAGCGGCUGUGUGGCCUCCGCCGGGGGGGUGACGGACGCUGGCCUGCAGGAGCUCACCAAGCUGGUCAUCGGCGAGGUGAAGGGCAUGCCAGGCAACAAGCAGUGCUGUGACUGCGGGGCCCCAGAUCCCACGUGGCUCUCCACCAACCUGGGCAUCCUGACAUGUAUUGAGUGCUCAGGCAUUCACCGGGAGCUGGGGGUGCACUACUCCCGCAUACAGUCCCUGACCCUGGACGUUCUCAGCACCUCUGAACUGCUGCUGGCGGUCAGUAUUGGAAACGCCCGGUUUAACGAAAUCAUGGAGGCCACGCUGCCAGCGCAGGGGAAUCUGAAGCCUUCGUCAAGCAGCGAUAUGAGCGCCAGGAAAGAAUAUAUCGUGGCCAAAUACAUGGAGCGCAAGUAUGUCCAGAAAGCCAGCAGGGAUGAGCCGCACCGGCUCUGGGAAGCCAUUCGCAACCGGGAUCUCUUUGCCUUGUUACACGCCUUUGCGGAGGGGCACGAUCUUGCAAAACCCCUGGCUAGCCCUGACAGCCAGGACCAGGGUGAGUUGGCUCUGCACCUGGCUGUGCGUUAUGCAGACAAGUCCUCCCUCCCGCUGGUGGACUUCAUCAUUCAGAAUGGGGGGAACGUGGACAAGGCAACUCCGGACGGGAACACGGCUCUGCACUAUAGUGCUCAGUACAACCAGCCCAACUGCCUCAAGCUGCUGCUGAAAGGGAAAGCAGCCGUAAACACAGUGAAUGCAGCAAGCCAGACGGCCCUGGACGUAGCAAGGAGGCACAAACACCUCGAGUGCGAAGAGCUGCUUGAGCAGGCACAGGCUGGGAAGCUAAACCUGCAGGUGCACUUGGAGUACAACUGGGAGGCUGCUCAGGAAUAUACCUACGACAGCGAGGACGAGCUGGAGGAGAAGCUGAGCCCGCUGCAGCGAUCCUUCAAGUCCACGUCGUCCCCAACCACGGGCCAGCCUGCCCUCUUCCCCCAGAACCGGUGGAGCUGCACUGGCAUGGACAUCAGCAACAAGACCUAUGAGACCAUCCUGGUCCCCUCGCGGCCCAUCCAGCGGCGGUCACACAGCGAGGAGAUCCCCCCACCGCUGCCCAUCAAAAACUCGACCAGGGGCGGCUCCAGAACCAAGCCGGGGCACAGCCCAGCAGAUCGCCCAGAGCUCCCGCGUCAGGCCUCUGAGCCCCAGUCCUCUGCAUCGUCAGAGGCACCUGCCUGCCGACACCUGUCCACAUCCAGCGCUCCCAGCACCUUGGACGGCUGUGCAUCCCGGCCGCUGUCCACCUCCCGAAGCCCCCCGGAAGCCAGACGCAUGGUCUACUGGGAAACCCGCUCAGAGACAGAGAGCGGCAGCCAGCGGAGGACGUCGGAGACCAGUCAGACAACAGCCCAGCAGCCUGCCGCUGGGACGUCGCCGGAACAGGGGCAAAUAACCCCAGUCAAGUUCAGCUCAGAAAGCACCCGGUCUUACCGGAGGAUCAGUGGCGGCUCAGUGGGGAAAUCCUCCGGCUUUGCCAUCUCCCCACAAAACUCUGGCUGCCCCGAGGACCUGCCUUCCAGCAAGGCUCCGAGUCCAGUGCAGAACGCCCCUCCUGUCCCCGUGCCCAGGAGGUUUGCUCCGGCCAAGGUGAGGCAGAAGAGGGUGAUGGCUCUGGUGGACUGCAAGGGGGAGAGGGCCCGGGAGCUGACCUUCUCCAAGGGCGAGGUGAUCGUGGUGACCCGGGAGGAGGAUGAGCAGAGCUGGGUCGGCUUCAUUGAAGGAGAUGGCUCCAGGACGGGCGUCUUCCCUGCCAGCUCCGUCUACCUCUUGCAAGAGUGAUUGGCUGGCUUUUCCUUUCCCCUCGGAGCCGGCGUGAGCUCUCGGCGAGCGUGUGGGGGGCAGGGCUGAGCACUCACUGUCCCCUCACCAAGGUGGCAGGACACCACAAGGCCAUCACAGGAGCAGAGGCCUGUUUCUUGCUUCCCUUCCCACCCUCCAGUCUGGACCUUGAGGGUAAUGGACGCUAGGGCACGUACUGUGUUGAGGGUUUGGAGCAGGGGCUCAGAUGGAAUUAACAUCCUCCUCUCCCAUCCUCCCACCGGGUGCUGGUCCAUUUAGCCUCUUUACCCAAACUAGUUCCUUUUCCUGGAUGGAGAGGCGGCCGGGCAUCCCACGCACACCUCACGCCAGGACCAGUGUCUGUCUCUACACCCUCCAGUCAGGCCAGCUCAGCCCAGUCUUGCAGCUCGCCGGAUGAGCCAGACAACGGGAUCCAUCACGGUCUUCGCUGCCUCAGUCAGGGGGAAGCUGAUCAACGGGGAAGACUUGAGAUCUGGUGGAACUUGCAACCUCCUCCUGCAGAGCUGGGGAUGAGGAGGGGCAGAGGAGCCGAUAGGGACCACGGCUCGCUCGGAAAUGGACAGAGAACGGACAGCCUUGCUGUGCCUGCUCUCCGCUCCACACACCUCGCCUUUAGCCAUUUGUCUGCUCUGUAACUUUUGUGGGCUCCGAGGUGGUCGUCUCCUCCUUGGAGCAGGGGCAGGGUUAUGGCAGGGGCGGGGAAGGGAGUUCAGUUUGGGCCUGGACGCCUCUCAUCACGUUCCCCCAGGAUAAAAGUGGGAGCCGGGAGUUCCAGCACUCCAAUACUGGGCAAAGGGCAGGGCAAAGCGCCACUGGGCUCAAAUGUCUGUAUUGGAGGAAAGAAAGGGGGAGGCAGGUCCCCAACUUUGUGGUGGUGUUCCCACCCCCGUGAGUCAGGCCAGGGGAUGGCCGCCAGCCCUUGUGGGUGACUAGGAACAGUCUCACGCAGCCAUGCACGGCGUGCUGCUCUCCCUGUUAUUUCCUAGGGAUACAGCACGUGGUGAAGCAUGGAAUGCUGGGCAUCUCUCCUGCCUCCAGCUCCCGCCACAAUGCCCCCAGCCAAUGAGCAAUGCUGCGCAAGGGGGAAAGGCGGGGGGGGGGGGGGGAGGUCACCUUACACCUCGGAGAUGUACAGGAGCCUUCCUCUGCCUAACCCUGGCAUAACUGGCCCUGGUCGAUAAGGGGAGGAUAAAAAGCAAGUCUCCUAGCGCUGCAUGUGUUAUCCUAGAAAUUCAGACUGUUCCCUCCCCUACCAGGGGAGUGCCCUAGUACAAGGGGGGUUCACUACAGCAGAUUCUCCAGUGGUGUUUCCAUUGAUUCAAGGGCUGCUCUUUCCCUUGGGCUGCUCUUUGAUGUCAGAGAGUUGUCUCCGGACACGGCCUAAAUUCCCCCUUUUGUGCCACUUCAUCCCAUUCUCUCCUGCCACCACCUCCUCCAGAAACGACCCCUCUCCGCCCCUAGCAUUGGCACAGGGCUGGUUGAAUACCACCGGUGUGCCUCAGUGUGUUCACCGUCCCUGCCCUUUAGUAACGCCUAACACUUUUCAUCAGUGAGUCUCAAAGCACUGUACAGAGGAGGUGAGUGUUACCAAUGGGGAAACUGAGGCACACAGCAGGGGUAGUGAUUUACCCAAGGUCACCUAGCAGUGAAUUCUGUUCAUGUGUUUCCCAGACUGCUCCAAACUCUCAGGUUCCUUUUAUUUAAAAGUAAAUUGAGACCGUUGCUUUUUGGCCUCUCAUUCUGAAUCUCUGCGUUUCCCCAUCUACAUGAUUUGCAGGUACCUUUUAUGGACACCCUAGCUCAGCACACAACUAGCGUGAUACCUCCUCAUAAUACUAUUGACUUCAAUAGGGCUGCUGCUUGCAUGCCUGAAGUGAUUUUUUUUUUUUUUUUA